CUGCCGUCAUCUGCUUUUCAGCUACAUACAAAUCAAUAAAAAAUGUGACAAAAACCCCAUAUUUCGUGCUUUACAUUUAAAACGUUAUUGUUUUUGAAUUUAGAUAACUUUGGUAUCGCUGUAAUGGUAUUUAUUCGUGUAUCUAUCGCGAUGAACUAACGUAAAUUUCGAGCCUGAGUAAUUCGUAUUCAUUGAUUUUUUUUUUUUUGAAUUCCUUCGUUGAAACUGUCAUAAGUUAUGGGAUUGAUCAGUAAUGGUAUUCAGUAUAUAGUCGGCUUAUUGAUUGCAAAUAAAUGCACGACGCGUUUAUAAAUAAAUUUAUAAUUAGGUUUAGAGAAAAGUAUUAGCCUCUGAGGUUAAUCUGUUUUAUCGACGAGUUUAUAAUAUGAUGAGUUUUAUUAUUUUUAAUAAAAAAUAAGUCAUCUUGGGUAUAAUUCGAACAUCAAAGUGAAUGGAUGUAACGACGAAGGUAAAUAAACAAUGCGAACAUUAUGGCCGAAGUGCAAGCGGAUUACUACGAAGAGAUGUUUAAAGAAAUCACGAAAAAAUUCUACUACGGAGACGACGACGACGAACUAGACGACGCAACGGAAACCAUGUCGAAAAACGAGCAGAUUCUAGACAGCGACGAAUUCAAAGUAGACGACGAUAACCAGAAUACGAAUUUCAGCGACGACGCUUCGAGCGUGCCGAACGGAUACGAGUCUUCGAUCGACGUUUCGGACGCCCAAAUAGCCAAGUUCACAUUAGACGAAGAAAAUUGGAUCUGCAACGAAGACACGAUCCCUUGGACGACAUCUAAAAUCGCCAGUUACAGCGCUACGCAAAAAUUAUUCCGUUGCAACGAAUGCGAAUGUAUCGGAUUCUUGUCCAGGAUCGCCGAACACUGGCUCGGCAGUCACGCUAAUUUACGAGUUUUCCAAUGCUCACAAUGUCCUUAUGCUAGCGCUUGGGCACGAUGCGUGAAAAUGCAUUUGGCUCGACAACAUAACAUCUGCCCGGAACCAAACUCGGAGGAAGAAUUUCAAAAAUUACUUAAAGUAAACCCAGUGCUGGAAGAAGUUACCAAAUAUUUAGAAAAAUUGAAAUUAAAACUAGAGUCGCCCGAAGAAACGACCAUCGAAGAGAAAACCGAAGCUAAAGAUUUCGAAAGUACCACUCCAAUACUCGAACAUAGUAUUACGACAGAAAUGUACGCUUUAGCUUCCAUUAAACGAUACAAUUGCGAACACUGUUCGUACGCAACCGAUCGUAAAGAUUUGUUUACACGACACGAGAACAUUCACCGAGAAGAGAAACCAUUCCAAUGUAACGUUUGUCAGAAACAAUUCAACAGAGCGGACCAUAUUAAAAAACAUUUCAUUAGAAUGCAUCGAGACCACGAGUACGUUUUGAGUAACGUUCGAAGGGCAAAAACCCAAAACCGUUCUACCACCGCGGCGGCAACGAAAAAAGAAAAACUCCCCGUUGCUCCUUUAACUCUACAAGAGACAGCAAUUCAAAGCAUCAUCCAGCCACAAAUUCCUUCCACUAUUUCCACUCAGGAGAUAACUCAAAUAAGUAUCCAAGAUGCACAUCCCAGCGUUAUACAGUCGACUCAAAUGCAAGAGUUUCUACAGCAGGCUGAUCCCGAACAAAUGGAUAUUAGCUUCUUCGGUACACACACGUUGCUCUUACCAACAGAUGUGAAACCAGUUAAAAACAAACAGCCUAGAAUGAAAAAAUACAACAUCGAGAAAAACGUGCAGUGCAGCUAUUGCACGUGGACCGGUGCUGAUAACUGGUGUUUGAAGAGACAUCUCAAUACCCAUUUGAAGCCGUACGUUUGCAGCAUGUGCGAAUACAAAGCUGCCAGAUCCGAGAGACUUACUACCCAUAUUUUCAGAGUUCAUAAUAAACGCGCUUGUACGAAAUGUAACUUUUUAGCAGACGAUCUUUUACAACUUUCUGCACAUCAACUUGAAAAUCACAAAGGAAUGAAAACAAGAAAAAAAUUACCCUUAACGAGCGAUACCGCCGAAACUUCAACUUCUACUUCAGUAACGUCAACUCAGUUAACGGCUGUUCAACAGUAAAUUGAAAAAAAAUACAACCUACACCAUUAUUAGCGAAAUUAGCCGAAUAAAUAUAGGCUAGGAAUUAUAAAUGAAUUUUUUUCGUUAUAGUGAAAUUUUAGCUCAUAUUAACGUACAUACUACCAUCGAGUAACUAUAGUUAUAAAAUUGUAAAUUUUUCGAUUAGCUUUCAAAGUGACUAAAAUUUGUAAGUAAAUUUUCAACCCAUUGACUUCCUUAAAUUUACAUUAGGUAUUAUUUAAAAAAAUAAAUAAAAAUCAAAUAACUUUUAUUUAACAUUAUGUUACAAACGAAUUCAUAAUAAAAAUGAGUAAGUUAACUGAAAAUAUUAAUUCUUGUGUAAAUAAUUAGAAAAGAAUUAUACAACUUUUUUGCGUA